CCUUUGACCUGUGUGACCUCUAUUGACCUUACGUAAGCAGGAAGUCGACUCGUGUGUUUUACACAAGUUGAGAUCUGAGAUAGAUCUGUGACUGAAUAUCUGCGUCAAAGACUCAAAAGCUGCAAGCAAAUUAUUGGUGAAAGAUGGCAGCCGAUAGCGAGAACACAUGGGGUCCAAAGCAUUUCAUACAGAACACUCCCUGUGCACGAAACUCUUUCCUGUACGGGAUGGGAGGAGGAGCCGUGGGAGGAUUUGCAUAUUUCUUGUGGACAAGCAAUCCCAGAAGAUCCUACCACGCCCUAAUGGCAUCGUUUACAGCAACAGUACUCCUGUACUGGGUUCCAUGUCGAUAUCAGUAUGCACAGAAGCGCAUGAAGCAGAGGAUGAUAAAUCAAGGUCUGAAGACACAUAUAGUCAUGCAGGGCACACCAGAGG